AUGACCACGCAGAAGACCGUUCUUGUUCUCGAGGGCCCCAAGGAUUGGGACGAUUGGUACGAAAUAGUACGCAGAACUGCCCGAGUUCAGGGAAUCUUCCACCUGGUCGAUAUCAGUGCUGCUAUAGCGCCGAGGCCUCCUACAAGGCCAGAGAAACCCACUUAUAAGGAUAUUAAUCCUAUAGCAGAAUCAUACGCAGCAUUGAACGACGCUGAGAAGGAUCACUACAAGGUUCUUCAAACAGAAUACCGCACGGAUCUCGCUCGAUACGAUCAGGAUCGUAUAGCCGUACGAGAUAUCAUCUAUCACAUUCAAGAUACUACUGCUCGUGGGGCCUUCAGACCUAUAUCCGCGGCCUGGAUACCCCGUAUGAGAUUCUCCAAGCGCUAA